CCGCCUGGUCACCCCGCACCCCGCGCCGCCCGCGCUGCCCCCCGGCGCCGCCGCCGCCCCCCGCCGCUUCUGGGGCUCCUACCGCCCGCACGUCUACUUCGGCAUGAAGACCCGCAGCCCCCGCGCCCUCGUCACCGGGCUGAUGUGGAUGCAGCAGCGGGAGGCAGAGGCGAGCCUGCGGCACACGUGUGAGCAGGGCGACGGGCUGUCCCGCUACGGCUGGCUGCAGCACGACGGCGAGAGCUUCGGCGUGCAGGACAUCCACGACCACGGGCUGCUGCUGCGCACCGAGUUCGUGAAGAGGCCGGGCGGGGAGCAUGGCGGGGAUUGGAGCUGGCGCGUCACGGCCCGGCCGGAGGGCGCAGGCAACCUGGGCUCCCUCAUCUCCCUGUUCUUCUACGUAGCCACUGAUGGGCAGGGAACGCUGCAGCCGCACGUGGAGAACAAAACCCGGCUGGCUUCUGUGACAGGGACGACCGAAGAGCUGGGUCACUUCAAGAUCUCCUUCCUGCAGCCCACGGCAGAGACUGGGACAGCCCCCAAAUACGCCAGCUACAACUACCUGCAGGCUGUGAGCCCGGGGCUGCACCGCCUCACGGACGUGGUGAAGAGCAGCUUGAGCAAUCGCUUCGUCUUCGCUCCGCCGGGCGGGCCCUGGCAGCACUUCUUCGCUGUGGACACGUUCCGGGUGCCGGGGAGCGCGGAGCAGGCACCGCACAGUCACCUGCUGCUGCACCAAGUGACGCUGCAGCUGCCCUGCCGCAUGGAAGUAACGUUCGAGUCGGGCAGCGUCACGGGCCGGCCCGGCCCGUUGGCGGGGCCCGCGCUGACCGAGGAGCUGGCCGGGCACGUGGCCGCCUUCGAGCGGCGCUUCGAGGAGACCUUCUCGCUGGGCCGCAAAGGCUUCGCCCCCGCCCAGCAGCGCUUUGCCCAGGCCGCCCUCAGCAACAUGCUGGGCGGGAUGGGCUACUUCCACGGGCACUCCAUCGUGCAGUCGGUGCACACCGAGCAGCCGCUGCCCUACCCCGAGGGCUCCCUCUUCACCGCCGUGCCUUCCCGCUCCUUCUUCCCCCGUGGCUUCCUCUGGGACGAGGGCUUCCACCAGCUGCUGGUGGCGCGCUGGGACCCCGCUCUGAGCCGCGAGGUGAUCGCGCACUGGCUCGACCUCAUGAACGUGGAGGGCUGGAUCCCGCGGGAGCAGAUCCUGGACGAUGAGGCGCGUGCCAAGGUGCCGCCCGAGUUCAUCCUGCAGCACAACGAGAACGCCAACCCGCCGACGCUGUUCCUGGCGCUGCAGCAGCUGCUGGGGACGGCCCCGCUGCCCUACCUGCAGCGCCUCUUCCCCCGCCUGCGCACCUGGUACGACUGGUACAACACCACGCAGGCCGGGCCGCUGCCCUACACCUUCCGCUGGCGCGGCCGGGACCGUGACCCCGAGCUCUUCCUCAACCCCAAGACGCUGACGUCGGGGCUGGAUGACUACCCCCGGGCCUCGCACCCCUCCGCAGACGAGCGGCACCUCGACCUCCGCUGCUGGAUGGCGCUGGCCUCCGCCGUCAUGGGGGACAUGGCGGAGCGGCUGGACGAGCCAGCGGAGCCCUACCGGCACAUGCAGCGGGCGCUGAGCGACAACGAGCUGCUGGACCGGCUCCACUGGGCCGAGCACCUGGGCAUGUUCGCCGACUACGGGAACCACAGCCAGGCGGUGGGGCUGGAGCGGGAGAAAGUGAGGGCGGUGCCGGGGCAGGCGCCGCCGGUGCCCCGGCUGGUGCGCGUGGUCCGCAAGGCGCCCGAGCUGCAGUUUGUGGGGGCCCUGGGCUACGUGAGCCUCUUCCCCUUCCUGCUGCAGCUGCUGCGCCCCGACUCGCCCCGCCUGCCCCGCGUGCUGGCCGCCCUGCGCAGCGAGCGGCACCUCUGGACGCCCUACGGCCUCCGCUCGCUCUCCCGCGCCAGCCCGCUCUACAUGAAGCGCAACACGGAGCACGACCCGCCGUACUGGCGGGGCCCCGUCUGGGUCAACAUCAACUACCUGGCGGUGCGGGCGCUGCACCACUACAGCGGCCGCCAGGGCCCCUACCGGGAGCAGGCAGCCCAGCUCUACCGGGAGCUGCGCGCCAACCUCGUCGCCAACCUGUACCGGCAGUACGCCGAGAGCGGCUACCUCUGGGAGCAGUACAGCGACAGCACGGGCAAGGGCCAGGGCUGCUACCCCUUCACGGGCUGGUCGGCCCUGGUGGUGCUGGUGAUGGCCGAGGAGUACUAGCGGUGGAGCCGCGGCGCUCCCGGCCUGGAACCUGCUUCCUCGACACACAAGGAAUAAAGAUCGAGCUCUGA